UUCCGGUGUGACGUCAGAGGGCACGUGACCACCACCACCACUGCAUAUAUAGCACGGGUGUUCAUUGAUGGAGGCAGUCUUCGAAAACAUACGGUGUGCAACGCACGUGUUUUUGUUACGGUUUCUUCAAUUAAAAAGUGAACACGAGUUCGAUUAGUAGGUCAUCGGGGAGAAAAGAAGUUAUUGACAACAUGCAUCUGCAGAAUGACGACCACCGAUUCAUGAACGUCAUGAAGACCGAAAGUGACCUGAUGGGCGAAGGUGGCGGCGGCUACGACAACCUGGGUAGUACCAGCCAGCGCAGUUCGACCACGAUCGUUGACAUCGAAAAACGGAACCAGUUUAAAGGCAGCGAUGACUUCAUUUUGAUCCCGAAUGACGAAUCCCCUUCGACGACUCAGGAGAUCAAAGCCUGGGUGAAGCGAAAAGUCCAGCUCACCUGUACUAAGAAAAUGUUACACAGAAGACUGCCAAUCCUGGAUUGGCUACCUAAGUACGAUAGCAACUGCGCUAUUGGUGACUUGGUAGCAGGAAUUACGGUGGGGUUGACCAUAAUCCCGCAAGCUUUAGCCUAUGCCAACGUGGCAGGACUUCCAGCUCAGUACGGCCUGUACAGUUCGUUCCUGGGUUGUUUUAUUUAUAUCUUCUUCGGGAGUUGUAAGGAUGUCCCUAUGGGACCGACAGCGAUCGCUGCUUUAUUGACGUACCAGGCUGUGAAUGGGAGGGGACCUCAGCAUGCCAUCCUCCUGUGCUUUUUGACGGGAUUAGUACAAAUCCUGAUGGGUAUUUUCGGGUUAGGGUUCCUCAUCGACUUCGUCUCAGGCCCUGUAUCGUCGGGUUUCACGUCAGCAGUCGCCCUAAUCAUUGUGACGUCGCAAAUCAAAGACGUCCUAGGUAUUACAGCGUCGGGUGGUACUUUUAUCCAAACCUGGACCAGCAUUUUCAACGAUAUCCACAACACCAACGUCUGGGACACCGUUUUUGGAAUCACCUGCAUCGCAGUUCUUCUAAUAAUGAGGAUUGUGGCAAAACUGAAAAUCGGACCCUCUGAUACCGACAUUCCUCUAACCAAAUUCCAAAUCGUAGUGAACAAGACGCUUUGGUUGAUCGGUACUUCGCGUAACGCUAUUCUUGUAGUGGUUUGUGGUUUCAUCGGCUACUCGUUUUGUCAAAAUGGUGACCCACCGUUCAAGGUGAUUGGUUACGUGCCAGCUGGACUACCCUCAGUGCAGGUACCACCGUUUGGUUACACUGAAGACAAAAAUGGUACCACUAUAACGCACGAUCUGUGGGAUAUGAUGUCGAAUCUUGGUUCGGGGAUCGUCGUGGUCCCUCUGAUUGGACUUUUGGAAGACAUCGCCAUCUGCAAAGCGUUCGCAAACGGGAAGUCAGUCGAUGCGACGCAGGAACUUCUAGCCGUGGGUUUAUCCAACGUUGCUAACUCCUUCGUCCAGGCGUUCCCCGGUUCUGGGUCUUUGUCCAGAAGCGCGGUUAACAAUUCCAGUGGUGUUCGUACCCCUUUGGGAGGUCUCUAUACCGCGGUCCUCGUCAUAGUGGCCCUCCUCUUCUUCACACCUUCCUUCUACUACAUUCCAAAGAGUUGCUUAGCGGCGAUUAUCAUAGCGGCUGUGGUCUUCAUGGUGGAAGUCAAGGUGGUGAAACCCAUGUGGAGGACCAAAAAAAGUGAUCUCAUACCAGGUUUGGCCACUUUUGUCGCCUGCUUAGCACUACCUCUAGAGUACGGAAUCCUUAUCGGAAUCGGGAUCAACCUGAUGUUCAUUUUGUACCACGCAGCACGACCCAAAAUCUCCGUGGAAAAGCUAACAAGCCAUGAAGGUGUCGAGUACUUGAUGCUAACCCCCGAUCGCUGCCUGAUUUUCCCUUCGGUCGACUACGUCAGGAAUUUGGUGACCAAACACUCCAUCAGACAAGGCAUUCCGGUGGUCAUCGACUGCUCCCACAUCUACGGUGCGGACUACACGGCUGCCACGGUUAUAGAAAUUCUGACCCAAGACUUUGCUGCCCGCGAUCAGCCUUUGUUUUUCUACAACCUCAAACCCAGUGUCAGUUCGGUGUUCGAGGGGUUGUCGCCGAAGGAGUUCGUCGUGUACUACAAUCAAGAAGAGAUUGAUGAGCUUUUGAAGAAUAAGGCGUACAUGAAGAAGCAGAUUUUUAAUAUUUAGGAAUCUAGCGCCUGUCAGUAUUUUAGGUUAAGUGUGUCUUAAUUUAUUGUUCUUCUUUUCUGUAAAUAGUAUCUGCGUGAACUUUAAGUCUGUGAUAAGUGAAGAGUUUUGUAUUGAAUA